AUGAGCGAACAAUGCGCAAGUCAAUUUCAAAUUGAUCUCUAUUCAACACCUUUUUAUUUUGUCAUUACUCAGGUUAAUCUAACUGUUGUUCUUCUCUCAAUUAUUGUUGCUUAUUUGGCUGUGAGAGAACUUUAUUCACAAUCAAUUAUUAAUUCAACUCCGAGGUUAUUUUUGACGAUUGAUGUUGUUUAUGCGAUGAUUCAUCAAUUUUCGUAUUUUUAUAUCAAGGUUGGUUUUUGGGCCACAAGGUUUAAACAUUUUUUGAAACAGUGAAAAAUUAUUUUAGACUUUUCGUGAAAUUUUAUUUCCUAUCGCUCUAAUUAACAUCCCAUCAAAUCAAGAAAUUAUUUUUGUCGUAAUUUGAAACAGUGAAAAAUUUUUUUAAAUGAAGCCAUUUUUUAAAUCUAUAAGGGUUUUAGCCUAAGAUUUAUCCUCAGAAGUUCAAGUUUUUAGAAUCCAUUUUUUUUCCUUCAGAAAUUUGUGAAAUUUGGACCAUAUUGCCUAAGAAAACUUCUCAAGAAAUCAAAAAUAAUUUUCACUAUAAUUUGAAACAGUGAGAAAUUUUUUCCAUGAUUUCUGCAAAAAAGUUCUUAUUUUUGUUUUUCCAAUUUUAUUGUUAGUCCAAUUUAAUUUAGAAAAUUGUUAUUUUCGCGGGCGCUUUAAAUUGUGAAUAAAAAAUAAAUAUCUCGAUAAAAUUGUGAACAUUAAAUAGAAAAAAUUACAAAAAAAACCGGAAAUCCAAAUUUUUUAAUUUUUUUCAGAUCGACCUAACCUACAAGAUCCUGUUCAAAUUGGACAAGCCAUGUGAACUUCUAAUCUCAGUUUAUGAUUGUCGAUUUGUUAGUCGUGGCUUUAUAAUGGGAAGUUCUGGUCUAACAUUAGUUCAAACAGCAAUGACUUUUGAUCGAUUAUUUGCAACUUGUUAUCCAAAAAUUCAUAAAAAACAAAAACGAGCGAUUGGAUCGAUUUUUACUUUUUUUAUUGUAAGUUUUAGAUUUUAUGGGGGAUGGAAAAAAAUAAUUAAUUUUAUAAUAUCGGAAGCUACAUAAGAAAAUUUUGAAACAGUGAAGUUUUUUUUUGAAACCACACAUUUUAACGAUUUUUUUUUGGAAUUCUAGAACGAAAUAUUGAAAAAUCAAGAAAAAUUCAUGAAAAUUUUGAAACAGUGAAUUUAUAAAAAUUGAAAUCGUGAGAUAUUCCUGACCAAUAAAUUAUUUUAUGAAACCAAACUUUUCAAGGAAUUUUGAAACAGUGAAGUUUUUAGAUUUUAUUUAUUGUGAAACCACAGAUUUUAAUGAUUUUUUUUGGAAAGUUGAAAACAAUACAACAACUUUGAAACAGUGAAAAAUUGAAAUUUUCAUCUUCAGAUUUCGAACACAAAUUCAGAUCGAGUACACAUUGCGAAAUCAAAAAUUCAAGAAAAAUUGAAACAUAUUUGAAACAGUGAAUUUUUAAAAUAAAAGUAUCGGUGUCAAAAAAAUCACCAAAAAAAUUGCAGAAUAAUUUUUCAAUCACAAAAUUCACUGUUUCACAAUUUCCUUCAGAUCCUCGCAAGUUGGUUCACUUGGGAUCUUCUAACCAUCAACGAUCCUUUGAACGACUACAUUCAAAAUUGCGGAUAUUUCCCUCCAAAAUCCCAAAACAAUUUCGACACAUUAUUAAUCGUCUCAUUUUUCAUAGCUGUCUUCAAUUUUAUAAUCAACAUAAUUAAUUUGAAAAUUCAAUUGUUAAAAGCAGAAAAAUAUCAGUGAGUUAGCCUAACUCGAUUAUAUUUUCUAUUUUCCAUUUUCCACGUGUAAAAUCUUGCAGUAAACAAUUCAACAUGUUGAAAAGAUACAAUGCUAUGGAGAACACAAAAAAUGCGCAGGCUAUAACACUUUUAUCAACCGGCCAAAUAUUUGGAAUUGGGUUAUGGAAUGGGUCAACUUAUAUUUUGCGGACUUAUAAGAAGUCAUUGACACCUUUUCAGUAUGCUCUUCUUUUAACCAGUUUUUAUGUGAGUUAGCUUAACAAUUCUGGAAAAAAUCCAGAAUUUUCCAGAUUCCCCCAUACGUCUGCUUAUUCCUCCCACUUUUGAUGAUAAUUAUUUUGCGAAGAAUUCGAGAGCAUCGAUCAAAAGUCAUCAAAUCACUGAGAAAUCAGAAAGAAACUCAAGAUGAAUAUAUGGAUAAAAUGAGAAAAGUUUGGAGUUGA